AUGAUUCCUUCGAGAAGAAAGAGGCCAAAGAAAGUUGAGGAAGAUGAAGAGAAAACGCGACUCAUAGAAAAGCUUCAGAAUAAAAUGAGGGCUGGGAGAAUUAAUGAUGAUUUUGAGAAUGAUAUUGACUCGUCAUCAUCGAUGGCAUCAGCUGCUAGCACUAGUACUUCGGAAUCUGAAUCGAACAACUCAUCAGAGGAAGAUAAUUCGGCGGAGGAUACUAUUUAUGAGGAUAAAUCUGAGCCCAAGUUUGAUUUGAUAAAGUCGAUGCUGCGUGAUAAUUAUAAUGAAAAAUCAAAGAAAAUGGGGAAAGAGGGAAAAAAUAAGGAGGUGGUGGAAAUGGAGGUUGUGACUAACGAGGAGAAUGAGUUAAAUUUGAUGAACGAGAGGCCUAAAACUGGAGGUAAUGGUUUGUCUUUUGUCAAUAACAAAAGUAAUGACAUUCGGGACAAUAACUCUAAUGGACCACUGUUUAAGGAUUGGGGGGAGGGGGGGAUGAGUGAAGUAUUGGAGGAGUUGGAAAACGAGGUGAUUGUGCCAAUUUAUCACCCACAUGUGCCACAAAGCCUUAGAGUGGAACCGAUGUUAGGGAUAUUGUUGCACGGGCCACCUGGGUGUGGGAAAACCAAUCUAGCGCCAGUGAGGCCAGUUCUCCCUUUUAUAAGAUAUGUGUUACUGAAUUGGUGUCUGGAGUUUCAGCUUGCUGAGAUACUUUAUUUGCUGAAUGUUUCAAGCACAUCAGAAGAAAAUAUCAGAGAUCUAUUUACUAAGGCCCACAGGACAGCCCCAUCCAUUGUGUUCAUAGAUGAGAUUGAUGCGAUAGCUACUAAACGGGAAAUUUUGAAUAGGGUGAUGGAGCAACUAAUUGUGAUACAAUUGAUGUCAUGCAUAGAUGAGUCAUCGAGAAUUGUCAAACCCAUAUCCAGAAGUAGGACUGCAGAGAGUUCGGAUUGUAGGCUUCGGUAUGUAUUCGUUAUUGGAGCAACAAAUAGGCCUGAUGCUAUUGAUCCUGCAUUGAGGAGGCCUGGACGGUUUGACCGUGAGAUUUAUAUAGGUGUUCCGGACAAAAGUGCAAAGGUUGAUAUUUUGUCCGUCCUUGCUCGCAAUCUUAAAGUUGAAGGUGCUUUUGAUCUUCUGAAGAUAGCUAAGUCCACUCUAGGGUUUGUUGGAGAUGACUUGGUAGCACUUACUAAAAAGGCUGGCAAUCUAGCCAUGAAUCGGAUAAUAGGCCAACGAAAGGCUGAGGUUUGUACAAAACAUGUAAAGGGGAGCCUAUUGAAAGAUGGUGGAAACAACCUUGGGCACCAGAAGAAAUAG